UAAGGAGUCACCAAGAGAUAUACAAACCAAGAUAAUUUAAGCUUUCCUUUCGGUUCGAUAUGGGGAAACUGAGGGCAUUGAGUUUGGCUAGUAUGCUAAUAGUUUCAACUUUGGUCAUGAUGUGUGAGAGUCGAGUAGCAAGAAAGGACUUGGGUUUGGAUUUGGGAGGGAUUGGCUUAGGUGUGGGUGUUGGAGUUGGGGUAGGGAUAGGUGGAGCAGGUUCUGGUUCAGGAUCCGGAGCAGGUAGCUCCGGAUCUAGCUCAUCCUCUAGCUCUUCCAGCUCGAGUUCUAGCUCGAGUUCUGGUGGAGGUGGAGGAGGAGCAGGGUCAGAAGCUGGCUCGUCGGCUGGUUCUCAUGCAGGAUCAAGUUCAGGAGGUCGGGGAAGAGGUGGUGGCGGUGGUGGUGGUGGAGGGGGGGGAGGGGGAGGCGGUGGUGGACGUGGAGGUGGUUCAGGUGAGGGUUCAGGAGAGGGAAGCGGGUAUGGAUCUGGGCACGGAGGUGGUGAAGGUGGUGGAGAUCGCAAAUAAACUUAUAAACAAUGUAUUGUGGUUUUCUUGUAAGAUUUAUGAAUAAGCUAUGCAUGCAUGAAUUUUAAUGGUUAUUUGUGUAGUACGUAUAUGAUGGAAAGUGUCUUGUUUCAACACAAAGUGUUGUUUGGUGUUUCAUGAUUGUACUAUCGUUGUACUAUAUGAACCAAUUAUAGUUAUUAUGUUUUUUUACCAA